AUGCUCAACCGCAAGACCAGCCACUUUUUGGGAAUGAGGGUGCAGUCGGAGCUUGAACAUCUCUCCGAGCUGCGGCGGGAAGCGGGGAAGGAUCGCAGCUCAGUGCAUGGGUCGGCCGCGCGGACGCGUGCGAGUGUGUGGACUCAGUGGACGACGGCGGCGGCGGCGAAAGCGGAUGAAGACCCCGGAGCCAACUUGUUUCCGCCGCCGCUGCCCCGACCCCGGAUCUGCAUGUGGAAGUACCUGGACGUCCAUUCCAUGCACCAGCUGGAGAAGACCACCAAUGCUGAGGAGAUGAGGGAGGUGCUGGCUGAGCUGCUGGAGCUAGGGUGUCCUGAGCAGAGCCUGCGGGACGCCAUCACCCUGGACCUCUUCUGCCACGCGCUCAUUUUCUGCCGCCAGCAGGGCUUCUCACUGGAGCAGACGUCAGCGGCUUGUGCCCUGCUCCAGGAUCUUCACAAGGCUUGUAUUGCAACCCCCUUGGGCAACGUGGAGGAGUGCUACCGCUACUUCACCAGUGUCCUUUUUUGCCAUGGAGUCAGGGUCAGUUCCCCUGGAACAUUCUGGAACCUUUACCCAUCCCCAGACAAGGUCUCACCCAGUCUCUCUCACAUUCAUCACCCUUAUCUUCUUGUGAAGACCCCAGUGGGCUCUCCUUGCUCCUGUUGCUGGGCUUUUGGAGGCAAAGCCAGGGCUCCGGAAGGUAGUCAGGGUUCUAAUUCCGAGUCACCACCACAGCGGCCUCCUUUCAGCAUCGACCUCUUCAAAGAGGAACAACUGCUGGCCUUGGAAGACUACGUGGUCAACACUUACUUCCGCCACUUCAAGCUCUAUAAAUACGUCUUCACACCCCAGGUGCGGCUGGAUCUGUCUUUGACUUACAUGGGGCUACAGCCACCCAAACUGUGGCCAGAGAGUGAGAUGGGUAAGGGAGAGUGCCAGGGCAGGGCUGGGCUGGGCCAGGCCUGGGGCCAUAGUCUCUUCCUGCUUCUGGUUUGCAGAGAAAGAAGAAAGCAAGGAGAUGGAGGAGCAGGCAGUUACCCUGCAGAAAGAGGAACUAGAGACAGUGGCCCCGCCAGAGCCAGAGCCAAGCCACGUCCACGUCCUCCGAGCCUACAUCAAGACCCAAGUGAACAAAGAGCUGGAGCAGCUCCAGGGACUGGUGGAGGAGCGGCUCAAGGCCAGCAAGGAAAGGCUCAGCAGCAAGUUGACUGCACUAGAGCGGCCCUUCCAGCUACCUCCGGGUAAAGGCAAGAGCAAGACCAAGUGACCCCCAGCAUUUUCCCCAAUAAAGGUCUGUGCCAGAAUGGCACCAUCCCUGCA